AUGGCUGAAAUCGCUGCUACUGCAGUUAUCACUGUGCUGUGUGAGAAGCUUAUCUCUGGUGAUUUGAUGAAGCUGGCUCGAUCCAAGGGGAUCGAUUCUCAGCUGAACAAAUGGAAGAACACCUUGCCCAUGAUCCAAGCCGUGAUUGCUGAUGCAAGCCAGAAGCAGAUAAAACAGAGAGCUGUUCAACUGUGGGUAAACAAUCUCCAGGAUUUGACUUACGACAUAGACGAUGUGCUCGAUGAUUUGGCGACCGAAGCUCUGCAAAGCAAGUUGAAUCAAGAAGCUCAUGCUAGUACCAGCACCAGUAAGGUAUUGAAGAUCAUCCCAACUUGCUGUACUAAUUUCACUCCUCGCAGUAUUAAGUAUGGUCAGAAGAUGAGCUCUAGACUAGACGAGAUCACCACCAAAUUGGAUGAUCUUAUUGUGCUGAAAAAUAGUCUGGGUUUGAAUGUGAAUGUUGAAAGCUCAAAUAUGAUAGAAAGACGGUUGGAGGAAAAUUCAUUGGUUGAUGAGUCCAAAGUCCUGGGUCGGGAAGGGGAUAAAGAGGCAUUGUUGGGGAAGUUGUUGGGGAAUGAAGAAGGCCAUCAAAAUGUGAGCAUAGUUUCCAUAGUCGGUAUGGGUGGAAUAGGCAAAACCACUCUAGCCAAAGUUUUGUACAACGAGGAGAAAGUGAAAGAUCACUUUGAAGUCAGGGCAUGGGUUUGUGUUUCUGAAGAGUUGGAUGUAUUUAACAUUAGCAAGGCUAUCUUCCAAGCAGCAACAGGGAAAAACGAAUCCUUUGCUAAUCUUGAUCUGCUUCAUGUGGCCCUCAAAGAAAAACUUUCAAAGAAGAGGUUCAUGCUUGUUCUAGAUGAUGUCUGGAACGAAGACCAUAGUAAGUGGGAACUCCUCCAAAGUCCUCUUCUUGUAGGAGCACCUGGAAGUAGAAUUAUUGCCACAACCAGGAGUACGAACGUUGCAUCAGUGAUGGACUCGCAGCAAACUUACCCUCUAGGGCGUUUUGUCAAAUGA